AUGAGCCUGGCCCACACCACUGUGUUCCUGUGGGCAUGGGGGAGUCUCCAGACCUUUGAAAUUGUGGAAAAAGAAAGCAUUUUUCAGAAGACCCCUUGCCCUGCUUUCCUCAUGUUUGACAAUGCAGCCUACCUGGCCGACAUGAGCUUCGAGCUUCCCUGCCACUGCAAGCCCGAGGAGGUGUUGGCUGUGGUCUGGUACUACCAAAAGCACCUAGGUAGCAGCCACACUAAAGUGCUGACGGACUUCGAUGGGCGGGUACUGACAGAGGCAACUCAGGUACGUGUGGGCAGUGACAUGCUGGCCCGCUUCAGCAUCCGCAUGUUCAGCCUGUUGGUUUUCCGGGCCCAGCCUGAGGACUCAGGCCUGUACUUCUGUGGCACCCGCAAGGGGGACUACUUUUAUGCCUACGAUGUGGACAUCCAGAGCAGUGAAGGAAUGGUGGCCACCUUCCAGGACGAGGGCCAGGAGCCCUUUGCAGAUGAGUACCACGGGAGCCUCCAUGUCUUCACCACCUUCUGGGAGUGGACCCCCUGUGACCGCUGUGGGGUACGUGGGGAGCAGUGGCGCAUUGGCCUCUGCUACCUGCAGAGCCCAGACCUCUCUCCGCGCUACCACAAGACACAGCCCGACGUGGUGUCCUGUGGCUCGCGGGCUGUGCCCAGGAAGCUGCGGACCAUGGUCAGGGACCACACACCUGAGCUGCUGGUUCGGAGCUGUGUGGUGCCCUGCGAGAGGAGGAAGUCGAUCCAGGAGGGCGUGCUGGCCAUCUUCAACUACGUGUCCAAAGUGGGCAGCCGGCCCUGGCUGCCCCAGGUGCCCAUUCAGUUUUACCAGCAGAGACUGGGUCACAGCCUUGUUGUCUCCUGUCCUGGGGCCCGGCCAGAGCACGCUGUGGCCUGGGACAAAGACCACCAGCACCUCUACCGCACACAGUACCUGAAAGGCGUCAACAGAUCCAUGAGGGUGUUCAUCGACCACGGCAACCAGCUCCACAUCCGCUUCACCCAACUGGGUGACCGGGGCAUCUACUAUUGCUGGCGGCAGGGGGUGCGAGUGGCUGCGUUCCGGCUGGGCGUGGCAUCUCCAGGGCGCUACCGGGCCUCAUUCUCGGACCCUGAGACUCGCUCUGCUGUGCAGCUCACCCUGCUGGGCUACCUGCUCAUCACAGCAGUCUUUGUCACCAUUCACCUCUAUCGUUGCUGCUGUUACUUAUUUCACUUUUGUCCCUACUUCUCCCCUUAG